CAAGAAUCCAACUUAAAAUCAGAAGUAAACAUUCCUCUUUACCAAAGACCAGCAACAAAUUGGCGAUCCAUUCCUGCCUGUCCAGCUCUCUCCAAUCCUGAUCCCUACUUACCUGGUCAGCUGUCUUCUUCACGGGGCCCAUUGCUACCCCAUCCUCCCCAAAUUCUUCCUGACUACCCUGGUGUUUGCCCCACCCACCAGACCUGUGUCCAUCUAUCUGUUCCCUCCACUCUUCCAAAGACCUUUCUACCCACACCAUUACUAUCCUAUCCUAUCAGAUAUCUCUCUCACCCUCCAGCCCCAGCUACUUCUAGUUUUUCUAGCAGUUUCCCUAGUCUGCCUGCUCCUAUUCCUUCUGGGCUACCUGUCCUUCAGCCUCAUCAAUCCCAGAGUUCUCCCACCAUUCCUGAUCCUGACUCACAGAAUAGGUUGUUUUAUAAAACUUUCAGACCCAAACAUUUGCUUGCAGCGCAGCCCUCUACCCCCGCAACUCUAAGGCCUGCCCUGAUUCGCCGUUCUCUUCCAGCUCGACUGGUUCUUUCCCCAACCCCCUUGGAAGCUCUCCCUGUUUUGAAGCCUUCCAGUUUAUCGAGUCAUCCAGUGCAACCAGCCCCACCCCUCCCUUGUAUCACUCCUUUGCCUGAACAUACUGCUGGGUUUGAUGCUUGUCAGUCAGUUCAGAAAUCUGUUCCAAAAGGCAUAACACUGUCAAAUCAGCCUCGGGCCUCUGUAGACCAUCUGCCUGCCUUGAUUCUCCCCCACCCAUCCCCAUGUCCUUCUCCAUCCUCUACUUUGCCUUCAUCGCCUUCUGCUUCCACAUCCUCGUCACCUUUGGUAGUAGUUUCUUCCUCUUCAUCCAGACUUUCUUCUCCUCCUCCCUCCCCUCCCUUACCUAGUCCAUCCGUCCCUCUUCUGCCCUCUCCUUUGUGUUCACCAUCUUCUCCGUGUUUGCCUCCAACUUAUCUAGCUUUUCCUUCUCCAGCGUCUCCUUCUCCCUCUUCUUUUAUGAUUUCUUCUUCCUUUCCUCCCAUGUUCCACUCUAUCUCCACUUCUGCCUCCCCAUCUCCUUUUACUCCUAUUCAUCCCUUCAAUCCUCCUCACUGGAGGAAGAAAGUAGAGAAGAGGAGAGAAGAAAGUGGAGUAGAGAAGAAAAAGUUGAGAGACGACAACUUUAAAGAGCUAUAGAUUCUACCUUGCCUUCGGCGUUGUCUAAAAAUGAUUACAAACAUCAAAAAUACCUCGUACGCAGAAUUAAUCAUGAUAAAGAAAUGACGGGAAACAACAUAGCAAGCCUAGCUACUAACAAAAAUGUGUUCCAGCUUAAACUGGAGGAGACUCAGAAACUCCUAGAGAACCAACAUUUAAGCAGUUUGCAAAAAUUCUGUGAUGAAGUUAAUCAGAUAACCAAUUCUGAAACUCUCUCGAGUGUAGACAGCCUUGAAGCUGCAGAGCGGGAAGAGAUCUACUUAACACUUAGCAUGGCUCCUUCCACAUCAAGCCAGCCGAGUUCUGUUCCCCUCAAGUCGGCGAAUCUGCAGUCAGCUCAUCUAAACUGCUUUGAUGAAGACAAUCUGUCAUUCUCUAAAACUCAGCAUAUAAACAAUUGGCUUACAAACUUAGAUGCUCAGAAUACUCAGCCUGUUGCAUCCUUUUCAGAUAUGUUCAGUAAAUCUAGUGUUCUGCCCUCGUGGGAAUGUUUGGCUAAUAAAGAACAGAAUCCACCUACUUUGAGCAGAGCCAUGGAGAGAAGCACAGGAACUGCUAAUGACUCAGUACUCUUGGUGUGCAGUCCUUCCGUAGUUGCUCUAGAUAAAAAAGGAGGAAACCCCUCCGAAAGUCACACUGUGAGGACAAGUGAUCCCGCUGAUGGAGCUCUCCAGAGGGAGAGGCCGUCAGGUGCUGAGAGCCCAACAUUUAAAGUCAGUAGAGCCUGGACUACUUCAGAAUCCCUGACCCAGGAAGCAGCUUCAUUUUCCAUCCAAGAGAGACUGUCUGAGUUAAGUCAAGAAAAUAGAACUGCUUCUCUUCCUACUUCGUUUGUCCCUGCAUUGUCGCCCAAUUCACAGUCAGGUGGCCCUUUAUCAGAGAACAACACGUGCAUGAAAGAAAUCGAUCCCGUGCAGUGUUCUGAUAAGUUAUAUGAAAUGAAAGAUGUAAAAUGUGAAAAGAUAAACUAUUUUAACUGUAAUAAAGAAAAGUUGCCUCUAUUUUCAGAAAAUUUUCAGGCCACCUACGCACCUCAAAAUUCUAAUUCAAAAGAUAGGAAACAAAAAGCAAGUGGGCAAUCAGCACCACUGUUUAACGUAACCCCUGACUGUGACUUGCCUGACCAGCACGGUGUGAAGCCUAGUGUCCAUGAACAAAAUGGGGUGAGGCUGCCUAAGAGCAUAUUAAAGAAAGAAUCCAGAUACGAGCAUGAUUAUCUCAAGGCACUAGUUAUAAAUCGGGGUUUUAAGUUUAGACAUCAAAUGGCAGAAGCUAUUAGAGAUAGUAUUGAAUUAACAAGACAGAAAGGGAAAGGUCCAGGAACCCCAAAGACUAUUAAAAAGCUGCGGUGGCUUGAUGAAAGUGGCAACACAGAGAACUGUGCAGGUGACGGCCACCCAGUGAGGAGCAGGGCAGGGACGGCUCCACAGUGGUUACAGUAUUGUCACACCAGCAGUGGCCCCCGCAGCCUCACAUCUGCUCCUGACUGCCCUGCACAUUCUGCUGGUGGAAAGAAGGCCACGGAUGAUGGUGUCUCCGAAAAUGUUGCUGAUCUAGGAGGGUGUGACGCGGACAGUGUGCCCUUGAACUCUUCUAUACCUUCAGGCUAUAGCUUUGCUAAACAAGCCUGGUCAGCCUGCCAAAGAGAAGAGAACAAAGCCCCUGUACAUGCUGGUCCUAUACCUGCUGGUGAUGCUAAGACUCUAAAGUCUAAGGCUCCAAGGGGAGCAAAGGUGACUAGAAGAAUGGGAUCUGCAAAGGUCCAGACAGGCCUUGUCCAUGUGAACAGAAAAGCCACUGUCAGCCAGCCACCAUCUUCAAACAAAGCCGACACGCUGGCCCAAACUCAGGGGAAACUAAUUAUACCUCAUCCUCCGCCUAAACCACCAACAAAUAUUAAAAGUAGUAAAACUGUGCAAGUGUCCCCAUGUCACUUAGCCACACCUGAACACUCCCAAAACACCAUGACACAGAACUGUUUAAGUUCAUGUGAGCUUCCAACAGAGUGCCGUUUGAACCAGUGGACUCAGGAAAGUCGCCUCCUGUUCUCAGAUGCCUGUUCUGACCUACUCGCUGUGACCCCAGCUCUGCCAUCUCCUUACUCUCCGGAGUGCCAAACCGCAGCAAAAGGAAACUAUUCAAAUGGCUCUCGCACAGGUUUCCAGCAAGAUGGGAUAGUAUAUUGUACCCAAAAAAGUCCUCUCUGUGAAGAGAGCUACCAGUCAUUGGUUCCUAGAAGCACCGAAGAAGAAUCAAUUUUCUCAUGGGGAAGAAGGAACCAUGGGUGCCAAAAUGAGAGAGCCACUGAUUCUGCUGUUACAAGAAGAAAACAAGUUGUUGAAAAUAAGUGGAGAAAGCUGUUAGAGCAGAAGAGAAAAGUCUCUGGAUCUGUAGGAAUGAAGUGCACCGAGCAAAUGAUUCAUUUUGGACAAACUAUUCAAAGUGCAAGUGAGCCAAUACAAGCUACAAGAGGUCCCAAGACUGAAGAAGUUUCAGGUAGUACUUCUGAGUGUUCGGUACCAGAAAACCUCAUGAAUUCUUCCAUGCCUGAGGAUGACAUUCUGACUGCCAUGAACAGCAAGCAGCUACAGAAACCAAGUCUGUCCUCCAGUAAGCCCCAGCCAUCCAACAUCUGCGCAGUGUCGGCUGAGGAAGAGAAGGUCUUGCAGUCCCUCCGCCAUCUCAAUGAAAGACUGUACUAUGUACAAGAAGCCAUUUUCAAAAACCCAUCCAUCAAAAAUCCUUUCCAGUUAAUCCCACUUCUGAACAACCAGCCGCGGGCCAGACCAUCUCCUGAUGUCGGAUCCAGAGUGCAGAGAAAAUACUGAUCAACUGUGACAGUCACUAUUUAGUGAAGUUAUUUUUGAGAAUUCUGUAAAUAAAUUCUGUAUUUCUGCAUUUGUUAAUGAUUUUAAAUACUAGACUUUUAUGUUUAUAAAAGUAAAUCUUAAUGUAGGUAAUGAAAAUGAAUUUACUGGCUUAUAUUUAUGCUACAAAUUAUACUUUAUUAUGUAUUUUCUUGAUACAUUUUUAAUGAAUGAAAUACUUCAUUGUUUUCAAUAAGCAUGCUAAUGGAUAUAAAUUUUCUCUAUAUAAAAAUGAAAGAGGCUAUUUUAUUAUUCAAAUUAUGUCUUAAGUAUAAUAGUGAAGCUUUGUUUUCUGAAAUUCUUAAUUCUAAUACCUUUUUGUACACGUAUCCAAGAAGCUUAUAAUAAAUAGCA